AUGUCAAACAAAUUAAAAAUUCACAUCAAUGUCAACAGGACUUUAGCAUACAGACCGUUAGAUCUAGAUACAAACGCUUUGGGAGAAUCAGGUCUCGUAUGGGAUGCAAAGGAUGCACAGAUCCUUCGCAGGAAAUGGCGCAUUAUUGGUGGUUUUGUUGGCAGUCUUGUUUUGUCACCACUACAAAAUACAUUACAUGGCCUUCCACUACUCCUGUCUCCCGAGCAAGUGCAUUUUCUGAUUUCAAAUGGCGUAGGGGUACUCAUAAAUGAUGAGCUAUCACAUUUAAUCCCCACUGCUGCCGACAUUGAAUGUCAAAGGGUAGAACUUUCUGAACAUAUGGAUACCUAUAAUGCUAUGCAAAUCAGAUAUGCUGCUCAUAUGACAAAGAUACAUCUUGAAACAAUGCAUCAAAAAGACACAACUGGAAGAAUUCAAUCUGCUCUAAAUUCAAGUAUUCCACCAAGUAUUCCAGUCUCGACCAAUCAUCAAUCUAAUAGCCUGCCAUGGUAUAAUGCGGUGCCGGUAGAUCCUGGAUUAGGAAUGCAUUUACAGAGCCGUCAGAAUAUUCGGAAUACAGUGUUUUUGUUUUUGUGGCGUGCAGGUUGGUUUAUUUCAUCUGGCAGUAAGUUUGGUGGAGAUUUCUUAUUGUAUCCUCGAGAUCCGUCAUUAUGUCAUGCAAUGUAUAUAGUAAAGAUAGUCGACUCAGAUCAACAGAUAACAGGAGCUGAUAUCGUUCGUGCUGGGCGACUUGCUACAUUUAGUAAAAAGAUCUUUAUGUACUGCUACUUGGAUCUCUUGACAGAUAACGUCCAUUCAAUCCCCAUUUCAUGGGUAAAAUAA